AUGGCUUCAAGAAAACCAUCAGUGAGGCACCCGAGCCACAGCCAUCCGUUGCGCAGUCACAAAGCCCAAGCUGAGGAAGAGAUCAUCUGCUCUGGCUGCGACCUAGACCUGAUAGGUGCAGCUUUCAAAUGCACAAAGUCGGAAUGCGAUUACUUCUUGCACAAGUCAUGUUUCGAUCUUCACCGUGAGACUCGUCACAAGGCUCACCCGGAUCACUCUUUGACCCUGCUGUAUUCCCCACCGUACGAGUCGUCAACUUACGAGUGUAGCGCUUGCGGUGAGUAUGGAUCCGGGUUUGUUUACAACUGCUCUAUCUGCCAAUAUGAUCUACAUGUCGGAUGUAUAUCUAUGCCUGAGUCCGAGGAGCGCCAAGGACAUGCCCAUCCGCUCACAUUGCUCUACUGUUCUCCUUACCCGAACGGUUUGAUCUUUCACUGCGAUGUUUGCCACGACACUGUUCCGGAUCAUCACUGGUCUUAUUAUUGCAAGGAAUGUGAUUAUGGCACGCAUCUACAUUCUUGCGCCGUGGAGGAAGAGGAAGAGGAAGCGCCAAAGAGAGGAGGAGGAGGAGGAAGCGGAAGGGGAAGUGCAAGUAAUGGUGGGAAUAAAGGAGGAAGGGGAUCGGCGAAUUCAGAGUUAGCAGCAAUGUUGGAAGCUCAAAGGGAGAUGGAGAAAAUGCAGAUUGAGUUACAUAUGGAGAUGCAGAGAGCUAAGAUUGCGAAGAAAGCGAGAAAGGCUUGUCUCAAGUUGAUCUAA